GAAAGGAUUGAGGAGAGAGAAAAAUAUCUGAAUCCCAUUUGGGUUCUCUCUUUUCAUCAUCGCCUUCUAGCUCUAACAUUUCAUAUCUCCUUAAAAAGGAAAAAGAUAAUAGAACCCUACGCCCCCCCACCCACAACCACCAAAUAAUGAAAAAAAGUAGCGAAUAUAUUUAUAAAUUGAAGAUACCCUUUUCACAUUUACAUCCUUAGUUCUUAGUUCUCCUGAGUUCUUCCCCUUUCUUGACCUUCACAGCCACCUAGCUAAUCUCCUCUUCUCUUUCCAGUCUAAGGUUGUUUGAUUAUUAUUCCCAUUUGAAGAAACCCUUCUAUUAUCAAUAGCUAGCCUACUCUCAUUGAAAGUCGAAGUUUCAACUGCAUUUUAAUUUCUGGACUUAGGCCAUUUUAUCCUCUCAAAAACCCAAAUCAAAUCAAAUCCAUACUUCUGUGACCAACCCAGAUCACAAUUAAUCUUCUUUGUGCCUUUUUUCCAACCAGGAAUCCUCAAGGCCGAGUUAAAGGAGGAGUUUCCAGGAGCCAGUUCGUCUUCUUCGCCGUCUAUGGAUAUUCCUCCUCCUCAACCAAGGGAGGGACUCCAUGACGCAGGCCCUCCACCAUUCCUUACCAAAACCUAUGACAUCGUCGACGACCCCACAACAAACCAUAUUGUUUCUUGGAGUAUAGGGAACAACAGCUUCAUCGUAUGGGAUCCUCAUACCUUUGCAAUGAGUCUUCUCCCCAGAUUCUUCAAGCACAACAAUUUCUCAAGCUUUGUCAGGCAGCUCAACACUUAUGGGUUUAGGAAGGUUGAUCCAGAGAGGUGGGAGUUUGCCAAUGAAGGGUUUCUUAGAGGACGAAAGAAUCUUCUAAAGAAUAUGAGGAGGAAGACGACGACUCAACCUCAGGCUUCACAACAGGCUCUGGACGCUUGUGUUGAGGUUGGACUGUUUGGAUUGGAGGGAGAAGUUAAUUGGUUGAGGCGUGACAAGCAGGUUCUAAUGGGGGAACUGGUGAAACUUAGACAGGAACAGCAGAAUACUAGAAGUUACCUUCAAGCAAUGGAGGAUAGACUUAGAAAGACAGAACAGAAACAGCAUCAGAUGAUGAAUUUCUUGGCAAGAGCAAUGAAGAAUCCCUACUUUUUACAACAAUUAGUUCAGCAGAAGGACAGAAGGAAAGAACUCGAGGAAGCAAUAAGUAAGAAGAGAAGGCGACCUAUUGAUCUAGGUGGAGGAGGAACCUUUGUCAAAGUUGAGCCUGAUCAGGAUUCCGGCGGCAUGUCCGAGUUUGAAGUUUCAGAACUGGACAUACUUGCUAUUAACAUGCAAGGACAAAAUGGAAGCCAAAAGAACCCUGUGGAAGAAUAUAUAGAGAAUGGAGAUCAGGAACAUGAAAGUAGAGAUAAGGACCUUGAUGAAGGAUUCUGGGAAAAUUUGUUUAAUGAUCAGAAUAUCGCAGAAGAAAUCGGCAUUUUAGGUGUUGAACAAGAAGAUAAUGAGGAAGAUGUGGAUGUUUUGGCUGAGCAGCUCGGUUUCUUGGCCUCUAGUACUCCCAAAUAGAGAAGUACUCCUUGUCCUGGUUAAUUUUCUACUUUUUUUCCUUCCAUGAGCUGGAUUGGAGACUUGCUAUUGACUGCCUAAUCUACUGUUUGUUUUUGUUUUUUAUUAUUAUUAUUAUUAUUAUUAUUAUUUAGGUCUCCUUGAUGCCAAAAUUCAUGUAAAUUUUGGCGUGGGUUUCUUGGUAUCGACAAGGAGCGGAUGCAAUACAUGAACACUCAGGAAUGUACUUCAAAGGACUAAUUAAGCAUACGGCAAUGCAUGACAUUGCAAUAUUGCUUAAUUGUUUUAUGGAAUCACUUAACAAUUCUAUCUCUUUUAGGCGCCCUUUAAUAUCAUUAAUGUUUCCCAAAUUCCCAUUAAUUUUUAGUGGUGUCUAUUGCCUUGGGUUAAAUCACUGCUUACCUCAAAAAUUUAAGUAAAUUUAAUUAUUUAAUUAAUAUUCUAAUACUUCUCCUUAUGUGUGGGUUCAAACUCCCUUUAAAUAAGUGAAAUUUAGUAUGUGAAUUAUUUACUUAAAAUGAGAGGUGAAUGACGGACACAAGGUUUGAAUUAAAAGCUUAUGUUAAAUAAUUACUUAUCUAAAAAACUUAAGCUUAUUAUAAAAAAAAAAAAAAAAUUAAUUAAUUUAAUAAUUUAAUUAAUACUCUAACAAAUUUCUCUUUUUAAUCCUAUGAUAUAAAUUCAUUGUUGGCAUGCAGUACUUCUUGGUACGUACGUUUGAAUUGCUAGCUAUAUUGAUUUUUGUUCUCAAAAUAGAAUACUCCAUGAACUCUUUAACAGAUUGUAAUUGCUUCUUAUGCAAGGGAUGCGAUCGAGUAAAUUUAUUCAUAUGCAGCUGGACUUGAGGAGGGUUAAGCUCCAAACAUAAAAACCAUAGGCGGACAACUCGAUCAGUUCAGAUCAUGCUACGUACACUUUCUCUCUUGACACUGUUUUCAUUAACGCUAUACUUUUGAGCUGUACGUUUUUCUGCAGUAUAAUUAGGCAUUUGAUCAGUGUCCUGGAGGUCGUGGAUUAAUGUAUACGGUGGCACCUAGCAUGCAUGAAGCAUUGGAGCGAUUAGAUUAUGACCGUCCAUUUUUAAACGAUCAUGAUCACUCAAUCUGGACAAUAUGAUGCUUCAAUUCUAAAGUAUAUUCAACAGUUGGAUUUAC